AUGGCUGGCCAUGAGGCCGUGCCCUUGCGUCCGCGGCUCUCGCUGGCGAGCGGCUCCCAGUUCGUGGUGCUGCAUCGCCGCUUUGCCGAGUACGUCGCAGAGGGCUUCGAAAGCUCCAGCGAGGCCCUUGAAAUCAUCGCCAAGGGCCCGGUCUACAGCGCCAGGAUCGCCUCCGGCUCCAUGGCGCGGGAG